GGGCAUGAAAACCAAGGAGCAAGAUGGCAUAGGGAGGAGUCUCCUGGAGCUGUUUCAGCCUCUUUCCUCAGCGCUGCACUUUGAUUCCUUUCCUUCUAUCCUCACUUUAACUUACGCCAGGUUCACGUAGAAUGAUAGCAGGCCACAUUUAGUCUUAUUUUCCACAGUUUUCCUCUCUUUGUGUUAACAGAAGACAGAAGAAACAGCAGCAUGGGGGCUAAUGUGGAGAAAACCGAAACAUGUGGAACGGUCUGCCUGAAAUACCUGCUGUUUAGUUUCAACUUUCUCUUUUGGCUGGCAGGAGGAGUUGUGAUGGCAGUGGGUGUUUGGACCUUGGUGGAGAAGAGCGACUACAUAAGCCUCCUCCCCUCCAAGACCUACGCUACCUCCGCCUACAUUCUGGUCCUAGCUGGAGCCAUUGUCAUGGUAACAGGCGUGCUGGGCUGCUGCGCCACUUUCAAGGAGCAGAGGAAGCUGCUGCAAGUGUACUUUGUGCUGCUUCUUUGUAUCUUCCUGUUGGAGAUCCUGGCUGGUGUCCUGGCUUAUAUCUACUAUCAGCAGCUGAAUGAUGAGCUAAAGCAGAACCUGAAGGCCACUAUGACCAGCAAGUAUGGACAGAGCAACGAAAAUGAACACAUCACCCAGGCUGUAGACAAGCUGCAGCAGGAGUUCAAGUGCUGUGGCAGCAACAAGUCAACUGACUGGGAGGAGAGCAACUGGAUCCGCAGCGCACAUUCAGAGGGCAGGAAGGUUCCUGACAGCUGCUGUAAGACUAUAAUUAAGCAUUGUGGCCGAAGGGAUCACCCCUCCAACAUCUACAAGGUGGAGGGCGGUUGCAUCAGCAAACUGGAGAAAUUCAUCCUGGAGCAUCUGAAGAUUAUUGGAGCUGUGGGUGUUGGGAUUGCUUGUGUACAGAUCAUUGGAAUGGUGUUUACAUGUUGCCUAUACCGAAGUCUGAAAGCAGAGCCGUUGUAAAAAGAAUGUGGGUGAAGUAGGUAACCUCAUUAGCAUGUACCGUACUCAAAUAGCUCAGAGGCUCUUUCUUUGUCUUGUACGUUGGGGAAAGAAAAAAUUGGCUAGGGAUCUAAUUGCACAUCUAAGAAUCUCAUUUUAGGAAACAAAGGGUGGAAAAACACUACAAACCUUUUUUUUAUGCAAUUAGGCACUCAGAUUUCAGUCCCAGCCUCAUCUCCAAGAUCACAGAAUGGGGAGGAAGAACCUCUGAAAGGUACCAAUGGGAAUUUUAAAACAGAUUGUUUAAAUUAGUUAGGAAUACCCUCCUCGGGACGUCAGCAUUGUUAUUUUCUGCUGCACUGAUUCCCAUAAUGUACUUUUGAUACACACGGGACGGUUGGUACACGGGAGAGCGCCGUAAAGAUCAGUAGAGAAAAACUGAUCUCAGCAGCCUCUCCAUGCCAGCAUCAUGGGCUUUAAUAAGCUCAAAUCUGUACAUUUGACAGCAUUUUGUGGCAAUAUUAACUAAAGUCUUACAUUUCAUCAUGUAGACAAGAGUUGCCUUUUAAGUGUUUAACAUUUAUGCAAAUCAUUUCUUUUCAGGGUUUUGCCUUUACUGCCUGAAGUGUCUUUAAAGUAAUAUCAUGUUUUUAAUCAACAAUAGUAACAGUACAUUGCUGGAUUAGUUGGUCAUACACUGUUGGACUGCUCUAAUGUGACAAAGAUAGUCCUAAUAUUAUCAUGCAUACACGCAUCAUUUCACUUGUAAGAAAAGGCCUACUAUUUUUUCAUUUUUACUGCCUCGUUAUACACCUAUGCCAAAGUUCAGUAAAAUUGAAUCUACCGUCUCACAUAUUUGUGGUACUGAUGUAUCCUUUUAGAUUGUAUUUCUUAAAUUAAUGCUUUUACUUUUGUUUUUUAAGUACACCUUGACUAAAAGUUUGUAUUUAACACACAACUAGUAGGAAACAAUUUUCACACUGUUGGUAGUGAUCAUUGUAUGUGUGCCUUAAGGGUAGCAUUGAAUUAACCUGCUGUAUUUCUGUUUUUAUUGUACGAUGUUAGUUUGAAUAAACACUGCUCCAUGCCA